GAUAUAGAAAUUCAACCUAACAAAAACAAACAAAAAAUCUAUAGUCGUCCGAAGUGUCACACACUCGUAUUCAUCGUCGCUGUGGCCAUUUUGUCAUAUCCGAAAACUCAGAUAGAAAAUCGUCUUGAAAAACCGAAACUUUCAACAUCUAAUUCCGAGGAUCACAUUUAACGUCUACAAAGAGGAGAGAUCGAAAGUCAUUCGACGAAAUUAUAAUUCAACUGGAUGUGCAUAUGUAAAAAAGGAUUCAAAUUGUAGAACGCAGCGCCCGUUCAAUAAAAGCGAAUAUUAACGGAUUGAGAUAAAAGAAACAGUAAAGAAACAAUGUCCUCGGAAUCAUGGUCCCGUUCCUCAUCUUCGCGUUCACGAUAUGACGAUCGAAAGCGUCGAGAUCGACAUUACGAUGAUCACGAUCGCGACUACGACGACCGACGGCGACGUCGACAUAGUCCAGAGCGGGACAGACGUCGUGGCAGUUCGGAACGGGAUCGAUACAGAUCUUACGACGAUGAUCGCGACAGUCGAAAUCGUCGAGGCAAGUCACCCUCACGGCGACAUCGUCAGUCGCGCAGCCGAAGUAGAUCAUCGUCGUACGAAAGCAGCAAGCGUCGCAAAUCGCACAGAGAGCCGUUCCGAUCAGCUGAAAAGAAGUCUUCACAUUCUGCCGAAUUAACGAAUAUCAAAAUAUUGCGGGCCAGUCGUAGUCGCAGUAAGAGCCAAAAUAAAACCGCCGACGAUCAUUCGGAUCGGAAAAACAAUUAUUUCGAAUCAUUUCGUACGACAAAUGUGGAUAACAACUCAUUGAUUGGCAAUAUUGAUGAAAGCGAUUUCGAUCGCGAGAAAAUCCACAAAGAAAUGCAAGAGAGACUCCAGCUGCAUCUGGCCCGUGAAGGAAAAGUGUAUCCACCGCCGAAACCACAAGCAUCCCAUCCGAUAUUCGCCAAUGAUGGUUCAUUUCUGGAAACGUUUAAAAAGUUGCAGGAGCAACAGAAGCAACAUGUCCAUGAUCAUCAUAAAGUUGAGCCAAGUGUUACGGCUAUGCCGGUCGUGCAGCAACAAUAUCAAAAGCCAAUGUUCAGUAAACGGAGGGGCGGAAAAAUUCUGAAGACUGGCAUUGUGCAAAAGACAAAAAUCGCCGACGAAUCCGUUACCGAAGAAACGCCUAAUGAUGCUUGGUCACUGUAUCUGCAAGAAGUGAAGAAAUAUAAGAAUGUGUCUUGUGAUGCCGAUAGUAAAACGCGGCCGCUUGUGAAAUAAAUUUUUACAUUGUUUUUCCUUUUUCAAAUUCAUUUUUUUUGUCAAGUCGUUAAUUGUAAGAUUUUUAUUAUUGUCCCGCAAUAAGCUACACACAUAACACUGAAACAUUGCAAUUAUUCAAAUCCACUUUCAAUUCUUCACAAUAAUUUUACUCAAUUUGUCGAACGAAUGAGUCAAAUCCAUUAAUAAAGACAAAAAAGAAAGAAAAAAAAACCAAAACCAAAAUUUCGAGCAAAAUGAAGCAUCUCAGUAUUUUUUACGAAUUAUUUCCUUAUAGAAUUUCAACAGUUAAUAAAAUAAGUUCUUGCAAUGGCCGCCGAUCAGCAGAUUGUUCUUGAAACAGCUCCAUUCGAUCCACGAUUCCCGAACCAGAACCAGACGCGUUACUGCUAUCAGUCGUAUUUGGAUUUCCAUCGAUGCCAGAAGAUCCGUGGUGAAUCUUAUGAACCAUGCCAAUACUUUAAGAAGGUGUUUUCAUCGAUGUGUCCAAAUGCCUGGGUCGAAAAGUGGAACGAUCAACGUGAGGCCGGUACUUUCGCCGGAAAAAUCUAAAAAAAAAUCGAAUUCAUUAAUCAAAUGUAAUAAUUAAUGUAUUUAGUCAGCAAAUACUAAAAAA